AUGCACGGAAGUUUAAAAUUCGAAAACCUCUAUCGACAAAACGAAAGUAGCGAAGAGGAAGAGAUGAACAUAAAAGGAAAAUUUAAAUCAAUGUUCCAAAUAUCACGUUCUUUACCAAACGAGAAAAAAUUUUCAUCACCUAUCCGAGGACCGAAAUCUUGGCACCCCGCACAACGUCAUGGAAUACACGCUAUGAAAGACGGACAUUACGACCAAGCUGUUAUAUAUUUUACUAGAGUGUUGGAGCAAUAUCCUGAUAGCUAUAGUACUCAAUGCGAUCGGGCAACAGCUUUCAUGAAACUCGGGUAUUACGAUCGAGCCUUACAAGAUUUGGAUUUAGCUUUUCUACGAAAACCCAAUAAAUCACGCGGCUGGUGUCUAAGGGGUGAAGCGCAUUAUCAUCAGAAACGAUACGAAGAAGCAUUAAUUGAUUUGGGUCACGCAUUGCGUUUGGAACCUGAAAAUUAUGAGGCUUUACACUCACGUGCUAAAGUUUUACAAAAAUUAGGUCGAUACCAUAAUGGAAUCGAAGAUUUGUAUAGGGUGAUAAAAGCUCAUCCGAAAAAUGCAUCAGCAUUACAACUACGUGGCGAAAUUUACUGUCUCGCUAAACAAUAUCUUGAAGCAAUUCCGGAUUUAACUAGAGCAUUACUAUACGGGCAAGAUGAUCAUAUAUCAAUUUUGAGAACGCGCGGCAACGCUUAUCGAGAACUUCACCGUUUAGAUGAAGCAUUACAUGACUUUGAUAAAAUAUUAAAAGAAGUACCGGAUCACGUAGAGACAUUAAUUCAAAGAGCUGAAAUUUUUAACUUAAUGCGUGAUCACGAAAAUUGUUUAAGCGAUUUAACGCGAGCCAUACAGUUAGAACCACAAAAUGUUUUAGCAUAUACUAAACGUGGAUUAUUAAACCUCCAAAUGCGACAAUAUGAUAGAGCUCUUUGGGAUUUGAAUACUGCCAUAGAAAUUAAUCCAAAUGAUCCAUACUCAUUAAGUGUUCGAGGUGAUGUUUAUCUUGAGAUUGGACUUUAUAAAUCUGCUCUGGUGGACCUAAAUAAAUGCUUGGAACUUGACCCAUCAGACUCCAUUCGUACUUCUGUUAUGAUAAGUCGUGCGUCUGUUUACCGAAAAUUAGACCGAUGCGAAGAAGCGUUGGUCGACUUAAACAAAAUAUUGGAAAAAGAUCAAAAUAAUUUCGAAGCUCUUGCAAUUCGAGGCGACGUUUAUAAUCGACAGCAAGAGUAUAACAAAGCAUUGAUAGAUCUCGAAGUAGCUCUUAAACUUAAGCCCAAUGACCCUGAUGCAUUGAGAUCUCGGGGCGAAAAUUACGCAAUAGUAGGACGAAAUCAAGAAGCGCUUCUUGAUUUUGAAAAAUCUUUGGAAAUUGUACCAGACGACGCAUGGACAUUAUUAUUACGAGCUCAAAUAUAUAAUCGUCUUGAAAGAUAUAAUGACGCAAUCAAGGAUCUCGACCAAGCAUUACAAAUUUCUCCCGAGCAAUGGUAUCCAUUAGUGAUCCGUGGUGCUGUUCUUCGUUCCAUGAAACGUUAUAACGGUGCACUUGCGGAUCUUGACCAAGCAUUAACUUACUCCCCAAAUGAUGCAAUUGGUAGACAAUUCCAAACACAGGCAUUUGCCAAUCGUGGUGCCGUGUCGAGGAUUAUGGGAAGAUACGAUAAAGCAAUGCACGAUUUGAAUAGAGCUUUAAGUCGUGAGCCAAAUGACGCAUUUACAUUAAGCCAAAGAGGAGCUGUAUUUCGAGCAAUGGGCCGUUAUGCCGAGGCGUUGGCUGAUCUAGAGAAAUCAAUAAGUUUGGAUCCACAAAAUACAUUUGCCAUCGCCGAACGACAAAAGGUUAACCGUGUUACCCAACGUCAGCCCACGAGACUUUCCUAUUCUAACUAA